AUGGAAGAGAUCCUGAAAAUUCAAAAGCCCAUCGUCUUCGACGAAUCAAUCGCUCAUUACGAGAUUCAUGCACAUCAGCCUUUUGCAUCGGCGACUUUCAAUAAUAAUGAUGAAAUUCGCAUCGCCGUCCAACAUCAAGACUUGUGCCUGCUGCCAAGCAAAAGUUCAUUGCAUAUACAUGGACGCUUGACCAAAGCAGAUGGAGGAGCUGUGACGCACACAAGAUUAGUGAAUUGCGCGGUUCUCCACUUAUUCGAAGAAAUUCGCUACGAAUUAAACGCCAUUGUCAUUGACAGAAACAAGAAUGUUGGUAUCACAACACUGAUGAAGAAUUUCGUCUCACAAACUCCGAGUCAAGCUGCUCUUCUGGAGAAUGCAGGUUGGAUCCUUAAAGAUGAUGAAUCAACAGUCACUGAUGAGGAUGGCUAUUUUGAUAUUUCCAUACCUUUGAGUAUGUUAUUGGGCUUUGCUGAGGACUAUGGAAGAAUCAUUGUCAAUGCGAAGCAUGAACUCAUUCUAACACGUGGGAACAGUGAUGUGAAUGCAGUCAUCCAAGCACCGGCAGGAGCAGCUGCUGCUGAAGCAUUCAGACUCUCACUGGAUAAAUUGGAGUGGAUGAUUCCCUACAUUAAAGUAGCUGAUUCCAAGAAAAUCAAUCUGUUGAACUACAUUUCCAAGGACGCCCCGAUUCCCAUCAGUUUUCGAGCCUGGGAGACGUAUGAGUAUCCACUCCUACCGGCGACCUCUAAACAUGUCUGGGUGGUGAAAAGUUCAACUCAAUUAGAGAAACCUCGCUACGUCAUUGUGGGAUUCCAAACUGACCGCAAAAAUCGAACCAAUAAGAAUGCGAGUCGUUUUGAUCAUUGUAAUAUCCGCGACAUAAAGCUCUUUCUGAAUUCUCAAAGUUACCCUUAUGGUAAUCUGAAUCUUGAUAUCAGCCAUAAUCAAUAUGCGUUACUCUACAAUAUGUAUACGAAUUUCCAAAACUCUUACUAUGGUAAAGAAGCUGAACCACUCUUGAGCAAGACAGAAUUCCUCAGCUAUGCUCCACUCAUUGUCAUUGAUUGUUCAAAGCAAAAUGAGUACUUGAAGUCCGGACCAGUAGAUAUUCGUCUUGAAUUCGAGGCUGAUCGUCAUUUCCCCCCUCAAACUGCAGCCUAUUGCUUAAUCUUACAUGAUCGUAUAGUGGAGUAUCACCCGAUUAGUGGAGGAGUUAAAAAUAUGAUGGAUGAGGACGUUGUCUAUCCUUCGCUUCACAGUGAUGAUGAUGAUGAUGACGUUUCGCAGAUGCAGCAGCAGUAUCUUUGGUUCGUUUCACCGGUGUAUUUGUAUUGA